AUGCUGCUUCCAGAAAUUUUCCUUUUAAGACUACUCAUAGUCCAGUCGGUAGAGCUUCUGCCCCACACGAGUGGUGUCCAGGCCUUGGGUAUUGCUGCCUUGGGUAUUGGUGCCUUGGUUAUUGGUGCCUUGGGUAUUGCUGCCUUGGGUAUUGUUGCCUUGGGAAUUGGUGCCUUGGGUAUUGGUGCCUUGGGUAUUGAAGCCUUGGGUAUUGCUGCCUUGGGUAUUGGUGCCUUGGUUAUUGGUGCCUUGGGUAUUGCUGCCUUGGGUAUUGUUGCCUUGGGUAUUGGUGCCUUGGGUAUUGGUGCCUUGGGUAUUGGUGCCUUGGGUAUUGCUGCCUUGGGUAUUGGUGCCUUGGGUAUUGGUGCCUUGGGUAUUGCUGCCUUGGGUAUUGGUGCCUUGGGUAUUGCUGCCUUGGGUAUUGCUGCCUUGGGUAUUGGUGCCUUGGGUAUUGCUGCCUUGGGUAUUGUUGCCUUGGGUAUUGCUGUCUUGGGUAUUGCUGUCUUGGGUAUUGGUGCCUUGGGUAUUGCUGCCUUGGGUAUUGGUGCCUUGGGUAUUGCUGCCUUGGGUACUGUUGCCUUGGGUAUUGCUGCCUUGGGUAUUGCUGCCUUGGGUAUUGUUGCCUUGGAUAUUGGUGCCUUGGGUAUUGAAGCCUUGGGUAUUGCUGCCUUGGGUAUUGGUGCCUUGGAUAUUGCUGCCUUGGGUAUUGCUGCCUUGGGUAUUGGUGCCUUGGAUAUUGCUGCCUUGGGUAUUGCUGCCUUGGGUAUUGGUGCCUUGGGUAUUGCUGCCUUGGGUAUUGCUGCCUUGGGUAUUGGUGCCUUGGGUAUUGCUGCCUUGGGUAUUGUUGCCUUGGGUAUUGCUGUCUUGGGUAUUGCUGUCUUGGGUAUUGGUGCCUUGGGUAUUGCUGCCUUGGGUAUUGGUGCCUUGGGUAUUGCUGCCUUGGGUACUGUUGCCUUGAGUAUUGCUGCCUUGGGUAUUGCUGCCUUGGGUAUUGUUGCCUUGGAUAUUGGUGCCUUGGGUAUUGCUGUCUUGGGUAUUGCUGCCUUGGGUACUGUUGCCUUGGGUAUUGCUGCCUUGGGUAUUGCUGUCUUGGGUAUUGGUGCCUUGGGUAUUGCUGCCUUGGGUAUUGGUGCCUUGGGUAUUGCUGUCUUGGGUAUUGGUGCCUUGGGUAUUGCUGUCUUGGGUAUUGCUGCCUUGGGUACUGUUGCCUUGGGUAUUGGUGCCUUGGGUAUUGGUGCCUUGGGUAUUGCUGCCUUGGGUAUUGGUGCCUUGGGUAUUGGUGCCUUGGGUAUUGAAGCCUUGGGUAUUGGUGCCUUGGGUAUUGGUGCCUUGGGUAUUGGUGCUUUGGGUAUUGGUGCUUUGGGUACUGUUACCUUGGGUAUUGGUGCCUUGGGUAUUGCUGCCUUGGGUAUUGGCGCCUUGGGUAUUGAAGCCUUGGGUAUUGGUGCCUUGGGUAUUGGUGCCUUGGGUACUGUUGCCUUGGGUAGUGGUGCCUUGGGUAUUGGUGCCUUGGGUAUUGGUGCCUUGGGUACUGUUGCCUUGGGUAUUGGUGCCUUGGGUAUUGGUGCCUUGGGUACUGUUGCCUUGGGUAUUGGUGCCUUGGGUAUUGGUGCCUUGGGUACUGUUGCCUUGGGUAUUUGUGCCUUGGGUAUUGGUGCCUUGGGUACUGUUGCCUUGGGUAUUGGUGCCUUGGGUAUUGGUGCCUUGGGUACUGUUGCCUUGGGUAUUGGUGCCUUGGGUAUUGGUGCCUUGGGUAUUGCUGCCUUGGGUAUUGCUGCCUUGGAUAUUGGUGCCUUGGGUAUUGGUGCCUUGGGUACUGUUGCCUUGGGUAUUGGUGCCUUGGGUAUUGGUGCCUUGGGUACUGUUGCCUUGGGUAUUGGUGCCUUGGGUAUUGGUGCCUUGGGUAUUGGUGCCUUGGGUAUAGCAGCCUUGGGGACGACAAACUACCACCAUGAACCAUCAGGGACGACAAACUACCGCCAUGAACCAUCAGGGACGACAAACUACCACCAUGAACCAUCAGGGACGACAAACUACCGCCAUGAACCAUCAGGGACGACAAACUACCGCCAUGAACCAUCAGGGACGACAAACUACCACCAUGAACCAUCAGAGACGACAAACUACCGCCAUGAACCAUCAGGGACGACAAACUACCACCAUGAACCAUCAGGGACGACAAACUACCACCAUGAACCAUCAGAGACGACAAACUACCUCCAUGAACCAUCAGGGACGACAAACUACCGCCAUGAACCAUCAGGGACGACAAACUACCACCAUGAACCAUCAGGGACGACAAACUACCACCAUGAACCAUCAGAGAUGACAAACUACCGCCAUGAACCACCAGGGACGACAAACUACCGCCAUGAACCAUCAGGGACGACAAACUACCACCAUGAACCAUCAGGGACGACAAACUACCACCAUGAACCAUCAGAGACGACAAACUACCGCCAUGAACCAUCAGGGACGACAAACUACCACCAUGAACCAUCAGAGACGACAAACUACCGCCAUGAACCAUCAGGGACGACAAACUACCACCAUGAACCAUCAGAGACGACAAACUACCACCAUGAACCACCAGAGACGACAAACUACCGCCAUGAACCACCAGAGACGACAAACUACCACCAUGAACCAUCAGGGACGACAAACUACCGCCAUGAACCAUCAGGGACGACAAACUACCGCCAUGAACCAUCAGGGACGACAAACUACCACCAUGAACCAUCAGGGACGACAAACUACCGCCAUGAACCAUCAGGGACGACAAACUACCGCCAUGAACCAUCAGGGACGACAAACUACCACCAUGAACCAUCAGGGACGACAAACUACCACCAUGAACCAUCAGGGACGACAAACUACCACCAUGAACCAUCAGAGACGACAAACUACCACCAUGAACCAUCAGGGACGACAAACUACCACCAUGAACCAUCAGAGACGACAAACUACCGCCAUGAACCAUCAGGGACGACAAACUACCACCAUGAACCACCAGGGACGACAAACUACCACCAUGAACCAUCAGAGACGACAAACUACCUCCAUGAACCAUCAGGGACGACAAAUUAA